AUGGAGUCGAUCGCCAUGAUCCGCCGGAUCAAGAGGUCAAGAGAGGACGCGAAGAAAAGGAGCGAAGAGUUCAGUCAGAGCGCCGACAACGUAGCCUUACUCUCCGAUCAACUAGACGCCGCAAGCAAGGCCGUCACAGCAUUGCAGUCACAUGGACUGGUCAAGGCUGCUAAUCUCCAACAGAGGAUUGUUACUCUAGUCGAACAGAAGAUCGGCUCCACAAUCGCAAGCUCCGACACUGACAUCCAACAAUCCGCCAAAGAGACCUCGUCGACGGCCGUCAAAGCUGCCAGGGCGAAAAGGGACAUCGAAAACCGCACGAUCAUCGAGGCUUCGACGAAGGCUGACCUGGACCAAGCCGAAGCAAUUACACGGGUCAGUGAUGCUUCUACAUAG